UGCCCGUCGGUGGCGGAACCGUGCAGGAAGGCGGAAGUGGCUUCCCUAGGGAAGUUCCCGGAGUGGAGAUGGCGCGAGCUGGACGCGGUGCAGCGGUGCCCAGGGCGCAGGCGGGUCCUGGGAGUCCCCGGCGGGCACGGCGGCGGCAGCAAGUGCAGCCGCUGGGGAAGCAGCGCCCAGCCCCGUGGCCCGGGCUUCGCAGCAAAGAGAAGAAGAAACUGAACUGCAAGCCCAAAAACCAGGAUGAACAGGAGAUCCCUUUCCGUCUCCGGGAGAUUAUGAGGAGCCGCCAGGAGAUGAAAAACCCGAUCAGUAACAAGAAGAGGAAGAAAGCAGCCCAGGUGACCUUCAGAAAGACAUUGGAGAAGGAGGCAAAGGGAGUGGAGCCCGACAUUGCCGUCCCCAAGUUCAAACAGAGGAAGGGGGAGUCCGAUGGGGCCUAUAUGCAGCGCAUGCAUCAAGAGGCCCAGCACGUGCUGUUCCUCAGCAAGAACCAGGUCCCCCGGCAGCCAGAGGUACAGGCGGCUCCCACGGAGAGGUCUGAGCAGAAAAAAGCAAAAAAAGCGUUCCAGAGGCGGCGACUAGAUAAAGUCCAACGGAAAAAGGAGGAAAAGGCGGCCGACAGGCUGGAGCAGGAGUUGCUCCGAGACACGGUGACGUUUGGAGAGGUUGUCCUGCAGCCCCCAGAGCUGACUGUCAGGCCCCGGAGGAGCGUAAGCAAGGACCAACCUGGCAGGAGAUCGCAGAUGCUGAGGAUGCUUCUGAGCCCCAGCGGUGUGUCCCAGCCCCUGACCGCCUCCUUGGCCCGCCAGCGGAUUGUGGGGGAGGAAAGAGAGCGGGCCGUGCAGGCCUACAGGGUGUUGAAGCAGCGGCGGCGGCUGCUGCAGGGGGAGCGACCCCACCUCACUUCCCGGAAGAAGCCAGAGCCGCAGCCGUGAUGGAGAGACACCCGGGGCCUGGCCAUGCUCCUGGGAAACUGGCACCAGGAGCUGCCACACCUGGGUAGGGGAGAGGCAGGCCAUGCCAGCAGUGUGGGGGUGGGGCCUCCAGCUACUUGUUUACACGUUAGGCACUAGCGGGUCCACAUCUUGCAAGGGGUGAGUGUCCGAUGGACUAGGGCCAAGGCCUGGUUGACAGACGGCCCGUGGGGCCUGGUGUCACUCACAGCGCCAUGUCUUUGUUUUGAACGUCCAUUCUGAGUCUCAGCCCAGGUGCACCUUAGGAAGGGCUGGGUCCCUGUCCCUGAACACCAACUAGUGAGACAGCUGAUAAGGCUGGCUUGGUGUGUGACGGAGGCCCUGGGAGUCAGCAGAGCCGAGCGCACAGUGCACAUCAGGCAGAGCAGGCCACGGGCAGGGAAGACGUUUCGGGGCAGGGCCACUGGGCACAUCUGGACCACCUGCAAGGGCUCUGCAGGCGACCAUGACUACAGGUCAGUUGUGAGUGGUCCCCACAGAGGCUGCCCACCCAAGGUCUGCUUGGGGUGAAACGUGAUGACAACACAUACACUAAGGUGGGACCUGGGGACUGGGCACGGUGGCUCACACCUAUAAUCCCAGCACUUUGGGCAGCCGAGGCAAGUGGAUCACCUGAGGUCAGGAGUUCAAACCAGCCUGGCCAACAUGGUGAAACCACAUCUCUACUAAAAAUACACGAAAAGAGAAAAAAAAAACAAAACAGUGGGAACAGGGUUGUCACCUACCUCACAGGGCUCAGAGAGCCGGGAGGCCCAAAGUGGCUGGAGAAAGUAAAGGAAAAAUCCUGGCCUGAGCUCGGGGUCACAGAGUGGGGCCCAGGGGGAGUUCCUGCUGAGGGCAGGCCUUGCCAGGCUUCAGUCUCCAUCCAGUGCCAAAGGAGGGAGGCCCAGGCUGUCAGCAUUUCCAGAUGAGGGCAGAAGGGAGAGGUUUAAACCCAAGUCACACAUCCAGCAAUGGAGUCCGACUGCCCAGCACCGUCUAGGGAGUGAGGAGUGCCUCUGCCCGGCUGUCAGCCAACCAUCUGGGAAGUGAGGAUUGCCUGGGUCCAUCCACCGCCAACCAUCUGGGAAGUGAGGAGUGCCUCU